AUGUCAUACAGUUUAAACGGAAAAAUAGUUUUGGUGACCGGCGCUGCCAGUGGAAUUGGUGCUUCUGUAGUGAAAUUUCUGCUUCAUGAGAAUGUGCAGCGUAUAGCAAUGUUGGAUGUGUCUGAAGAAGCUGGGAAAGCUCUACAAAAUGAAUUAAACUCAAAGUACAACAACAACAAAGUAAUCUUCGUAAAGUGUGAUGUUGCUGACAAAGAGAAUCUUCUACAAGCAUACAAAGUGAUAAACGAUGAAAUCGGUUACAUCGAUUUGGUUAUAAACAAUGCCGGGAUUUUAGGCGAUAGUCCAAAUUCCUAUAUGACGGAAAUCAAUAUUAAUCUGGAAGAUGCGUUGAAACUUCGUUCAGCAAAGUUGCCCUAUCCAAAGAAUUGA